AAUAUAAAUCCCUGGAAAACCUGCCAUUAGUUCCUUCAGAAACGUCUCUGCUGUCAUCAAUAAUAUCAGCCACAAGGUGUCUUACUCAUGCAAUAAUUAUCGACAAUGAAUUUUACUCCAAAAGUAUCCAAUCUCUCCACCAUUUCUCCAGCAUUCGCAUUUCUCAUCGGAGUCUUGACGAUUCUAUUAAGUUUACGAUGGUGGAACCCUGUGAGGAAUUAUCUGCGACAGAGAUCAAUCUUCAUUGAAUUUGCAAAAACACUUCCGGGUCCCCGGACACUACCAUUUUUUGGAAAUGCAUUGACAUUAUGGGAAACUGAUAAAACUGUUUUAACUCUGACAAAAAUCGGUCGUGAAAUAAAUGCAAGUACCUUCAAAUUUUGGCUGGGGCCGGCUCUAAAAAUUGUGGUGACAGAUCCCCAUGACCUUGAGAUCAUUAUGAUGUCUUCAAAGGCCACCAAGAAAGACGAUGUCUACCAACUGAUGCAGCCCGCUGUCGUCAAUGGCCUCAUUAAUUCAGAAGGUGCAAUAUACCGAGCCCAUAAGAAACUAUUGACACCCAUAAUAAACAGUAAUACUGUUGUUAAUCGAUAUGCAGAAAUAUUCAAUUAUCAGAGUUCUAUAGCUGUCAAACGUCUGCAAGAAAAAGUUGGAAAAGGAGAAUUUGAUAUGCACGAGGAUAUCGGAUUUUGCGUUGGAGAUGUUGCUUUUGAGACACUGACAGGGAUGCCAGGAACAUGUCAAAUGGGUCAACCUAGUCCAUUUUUAAAACUAACCCAAGAAGGUCUGCAUAUUGUCUGCUACCGAAUGAUGAGACCCUGGCUCUACCCGGACUUCAUAUUUUACCUCACCAACAGUGGCAGAAAGUUGGCAAAAAUCGUGGAUGACGCCCACGCAUUCAUUGACCACGAAAUUCGAAAGAGGCAGAAGGAGUACAAACCCAUUCAUUCAGAUGAACGCACUCACUUGGCUGUAGUUGAUUACAUGGUUGAUCACAUGAUGAGAAAUAAUGACAUAACAGUUGAGGAAAUACGAUACGAGAUCGUGACACUUUUUGUCGGUUUAUUCGAGACUGUGGAGGGCUUAUGCUGCAUGAUUUUGUUGAUGAUUGCGAUGCAUCCGGAAGUUCAGGAUAAAGUCAGAGCAGAGAUAAAUAACGCAAUAAAAAACGAUUACAUAACCGACGAUGAAACAACUAAAUUGGAAUAUCUCGAUAUGGUCAUUAAAGAGUCCAUAAGAUUAUUCCCUGUGGGGCCCAUUUUGCCCCGAAAAAUUACGGAGGAGAUGAAGCUUUCUACGUGCACAGUACCGAAGGGCAGUUCUCUAUUUAUGCUACCGUAUGCGACACACCGAGACCCAAAAUAUUGGAAAAACCCUGAGGAAUUCAUCCCCGAGCGUUUCACCCCUGAAAAUGCGAAGAAUCGUCAUCCCUUCGCCUACGUUCCCUACAGCGCUGGCCCCAGAAUUUGUCCGGGUCCUAAAUACGGGGUCGUCUGCGUCAAGAUUGUCAUAGCUCAUAUCGUCAGGAAUUUUAGAAUGUCAACGUCCAUGAAGUUGAAUACAAUGCCGAUACAUACGCACAUAUCCACGAGGUCUGUGGAUGGCUACCGUGUGACCCUUGACAAAAUUGAUGUAUAACGAUUCUACGCGGGGAGAAAUUUCCACAGGAAUUCUAAUGCCGAUGCGAAGAAUUUUAUUGAGGAAUUUCAUUGCGGAAAACGUGAAUUUUUCUCGUACCUCAAAGAAUGAAAAAUAAAAAUAUAAAAAAAGGAGUAAAAAUUUCUGGAAAAAUUGAGAGAAAUUUUACAGCACCAGAAUUUAAGGGCUGGCGAUUUGGUAGGUUGGAAGGUUGAAAGGUUCGUAGAUGAUUAUCAUAUUACCCUUGACAAAAAUUAGUUAUGAUUGUUCUUAAAAAAUGGGGAAAAAUGUGAAAUUGGGGGGGAAAAUUCCAAAAAAUUUUAUGUUAAUGAUCCGAAAAUUUUCCGCAGUCGAAAAUUUUUAAUUACUCUUCAGUACUCAGUACUAGGAUUUUUUUAUAAAAUUUCUCUCUACGUAGAAAAAUAGUAGAUCAAUUGACACUAAUUUAAGUUGACGAUUUUUGUGUGUGUCGAAAUAUUCAGAAAAUGACUGAACUUUCGGUGAUCUCUAGACAAUGAACAUGAGUUAAAUAAAUAAUGUGAACAUUA